UUGGGCUUGCAGAAGUUCUGUUCUGCGUGAUGCUCUCGUCUUUCAGACGUUCACUUCCAUCAUGUCGCACUUUUGCCACGAGAGUACACCCAAAGAAAGGGGACAAAGUGGUAGUUGCUAUGUCUGGCGGAGUAGACUCCUCCGUAGUUGCAGGAUUACUAGCACAACAGGACUAUGAUCUUUCUGCAAUAUUCAUGCGCAAUUGGGAUACCCGGGAUGAAUCAGGAACAGACGAAGGCUGCGAAUGGAAGAAGGAUUGGGCAGACGUUCAAAGUGUCUGUAAGAAACUCGAUAUACCCUGUAAGAUGGUGGAUUUGUCAAAAGAGUACUGGGUCAGAGUGUUUGAGCCUGCCCUACGAAUAUGGGAAGAAGGUGGUACUCCAAAUCCAGAUGUUUGGUGUAAUAAAGAAGUCAAGUUCGGCGCUUUGUUAGAUCACCUUCCAGUCAAGGAUGCAUGGCUAGCCACUGGUCAUUAUGCCAGCAAGUCAUGGUCAGAACCGGCUUCUUCAGAAGCAGGACCUUCAAUCCUUCCUCGUCCAAAGCUCACCCGCCCGUCAGAUCGACACAAGGACCAAACAUACUACCUUUCAUCUAUCAGCGAAUCCGCUUUGGCUAGGACGUUAUUUCCCAUAGCAGACUAUCCGAAGGGUGUCGUCCGAACACUGGCACAGGACUGGCAGCUUCCAACAGCUAGUCGAGCAGAGAGCAUGGGACUGUGUUUCGUUGGCGAGAAGAAACGAUUUCAUGAUUGGCUAUCGCAAUACGUACCCCCCAAACCAGGUCGCAUUAUCGACCAAACGACCGGUGAAGUUGUUGGCGAGCAUCAAGGCCUGCAUAUGUUCACGAUUGGCCAGAAUGCUCGAGUCAGAGGUAUGAAGGAGAAGAUGUACGUCUCCGCAAAAGAUAUCAAGACCAAUGAUAUUUUCAUUGUACCCGGAAGUACACACCCAGCGCUGAUGAAGAAGACUAUCUUUGCACGAGAUUGGAGAUGGAUAUGGUCAGACGCACCUCCUUUCGAGAUCGACAAUGCCCAAGGCUACCGAGCUCAGCUAAGAUUCCGACAUCGGAUGUCAGAUGCUUUAUGUACUGUUCGAAGGAACUCGGAGAAUUCGAUGGUCAUUGAAUGUGAUGAACCUCAACUAGGGGUCGCGACAGGUCAGGUUGCUGUACUAUGGGAUGGUGAUUGGUGUCUUGGUUCUGGGACAAUUGAGAGUGCAAGUUGAGAAGGGGGUCCAAUGUGGCAAUCGUCAUAUCGCUGUUAGCACUGCUCGG